CUGGGUCGCUCCGCCGCCGCCUCACACCGUCCCGGGGGCUUGGCCGCGGCGGUGCCGCGCCGUGGUCUGUGCCGCUCCUGAGAUUCGCGGGCCGGACUCGGGGAGAACCAGGAAGCCUAGAAAUGGAUUCUGUGGCCAUUGAGGAUGUGGCUGUGAACUUCACACUGGAGGAGUGGGCUUUACUGGAUACUCCACAGAAGAAACUGUAUAGAGAUGUCAUGAAGGAAACCUUCAGGAACCUGGACUCAAUAGGCCAAAACUGGGAAGAUCAUUACAUUGAAGAUCUGUACAAAAGCCAGGGGAGAAAACUAAGAAGUCAAAUGGUAGAAAGUCUCUAUGAAGGUAAAGAGGGCAGUCAACAUGGAGAAAAUUUCAACCUUACCCCAAAUCUCAGUCUGAACAAGAAAACUACUGGAGUGAAGCCACCUAAGUGUAGCAUAUGUGGAAAAGUCUUCAUGCAUUAUUUUUCUCUUAAUAUGCAUAUCCGAGGUCACACUGGACACAAACAAGAUGAGUAUCUGAAAUGUAGAGAGAGGCCAUAUAAAUGUAAGGUGUGUGGGAAAGCUUAUAUUUCUUCAAGUUUAUUUCAAAUACAUCAAAGGAAGCACACUGAAGAGAAAACCUAUACGUGUAAGGAAUGUGGGAAAGCCUUCCGUUUCCUCACAUCCUUUCAAAUUCAUGAAAGGGUUCACACAGGAGAAAAACAAUACGAAUGUGAGGAAUGUGGAAAACCCUUCAUGUGGCUCACAAGCUUUCGAAGACACAUGGCCAUGCACACCGGAUAUGGACCUUAUAAAUGCAAACAGUGUGGAAUGGUCUUUCGAUAUCAUCAGGCUUUUCAGACCCAUGAAAGAACUCACACAGGAGAUAAAGCCUAUGAAUGUGAGCAGUGUGAUAAAGCUUUUAAUUCUCAACGAGGUUUCCAAAUACAUCAAAGCUACCACAAAGGGAAGCACCCCUAUGUAUGUGAACAAUGUGGAAAAGUCUUUAGAUACCAUCAUACUCUUCAAGCACAUGAAAAGAUUCACGCAGGAGAGAAACUCUACGAAUGUAAGCAGUGUGGUAAAGUUUUCAAUUCUCAUCGAGGUUUCCAAGUACAUGAAAGAUAUCACAAAGGAGAGAAACCCUAUGAAUGUAAGAAAUGUGGUAAAGCUUUCAGUUCUCACCAAGGUUUUGAAAUACAUGUAAGAAAUCACAAGGGGGAGAAACCCUAUGAGUGUAAGGAAUGCGGUAAAAGUUUUAGUUGUUACCGAGGUUUCCAAUUACAUGAAAGAAAUCACAAUGGAGAGAAACCCUAUAAAUGUGAAUGUGGUAAAGCUUUUGUUUAUUACUAUGCCUUACAAUUACACAAAUCAACUCAUACUGCAGAGAAAUCCUAUGAAUGCAAGGAAUGUGGGAAAGUCCUCAGCAAUCACAAAUGCUUAAAGAGACACGAGAAACUGCACACAGGAGAGAAACCCUAUAAAUGUAAGCAAUGUGGGAAAGCCUUCAUGCAUCUGUCAGGAUUCCGGACACACAUGAAAAUGCACGCUGGAAAUAGACCUUAUCAGUGUAAGGAAUGUGGGAAGGCUUUCAUUUACCCAUCAGGUGUCAGAGCACACAUGAUGCAAGUACAUGUUGGAAAUAGACCUUAUCAAUGUAAGGAAUGCGGGUUAGCAUUUUAUUUUCCCAGUACAUUACGUAGGCAUGAAAUGACUCACACUGGAGAGAAACCCUGUGAGUGUAAACAAUGUGGUAAAACCUUCAGAGAUCACAGUUAUUUAAAAAUACACGAAAGAAGUCACACUGGAGAAAAACCCUAUAAAUGUAAGCAUUGUGGUAAAGCUUUUAUUUCUCAGCUAGGUUUCCAAGUACAUGAAAGAAGUCACACUGGAGAGAAACCAUAUGAAUGUGAAGAAUGUGGGAAAUGCUUCGGUUAUCCCAGUUCCUUCCGGAGGCAUAAAAAGACUCACAGUAAAAGUCCUGUUGAAUGUAAAUAGCAUAGGAAAGACUUCAUUUGAUCUACAUGCUUACAUGUCGGGUGGGGGUAGAUAUCAAUAUGAGUAACAUGAAAAGCUCCAUGGAAAUUAAUCCAUGUGUAAUGAAACAGCUAUUAUAAACUAGAGGCCUGGUGCACAGAGUUGUGUACCGGUGGGGUCCCUUGGCCUGGCCUACGGGGAUCAGGCCAAAACCAGGUAUCUGACAUCCCCUGAGGGGACCCAGAUUGCGAGAGGGCAGUUCUCAGGUGACAUACACUGGAAUUAAGCUUCCUUUUCUGAUUCCAGGUGAGUCACUGGAGAACCGUAGCUGCCAAGUCAGUGCGACUCAGCAGCUCCUGUGUUGAACGUCUGUCUCCUGUUGGUCAGUGCUUAUCAUAGCUGCUGGUCUAAAGGUCAGAGAGUCCCUUAGGCAUUUAUAUAGAAAGAUAUAAGUAUAUUGGGUUUAUCAAGCCUCCUUAAAGUACAUUGUUGAACUAUGAAUUUCUAAUUUUUUAAGCUGAAUAUUCAGAUAAUUGUGGCUAUCUAAUAAGAAGGGGAUAUGCUAAUUGACCAUCACACCCUCACAAAGAUGGUGCCCAUAGCCAAUGAGAGAAUAUGCUAAUUUACUGCCACACCCUCAAAGAUGGCGUUACCCAGUCCUCUGAGCCCCGUCAGGGCGGCAUGUGUGUGGCAGGGCUGGGCCCAUCCACAGGCGGGUCAGACUGUUCCGCAUGCCUUCCUCCAGAGUCCCCCAGUCCCCUCAGCCUCCCAGCCUCUCAAGGCAUAAGCAAGCCUUGGAUGUCUGCUGCCCAGCCAAUGCCCAAGGUGUA